UGCAGGUAAGCCAAAUUAUGAUUCUAACUUACAUGCAUUUGACAUUGAAAUCUCUUGCGCGAUACAAAAUUUGGUCCGUGGGCCCCCAAUUUGGCCGAGUUUGAUUCCUUGGGAGUUACAACACUUUAGAACAGGCAUGUUGGGCGCUAUAAAAGUUCUCAUUGGUAGUCCGCCUUCUGUGCCAAAUCUGGUCUCUACAAUAAUUGACCAAAAUGGUGAAGCACAUGAUCACGCAUCCAAGAAGGAAUCAAGCGUUGGCUUACAAGGUGGAGAUGAUGUGGACAUCCGGCAUGAAGCCAUAAACAAAGAUAAUGGGAGGUCCAGCGUUGUGGAGAAAAAAGAAAGUCCUGUUGCUGAAGAUGUUGCUAAUGUCGACAAGCCAGAUCAUACUUUUCAGGAAUUUUCUACCUCAGCUGGUGUGGUCAUUGCAGAGUAUGAUAUUCUAAAAAGUGUUGACAAAGUGACAGAUGGAGAUGGUAAACAAGCACACUCGCCUAUGUUGAUUGACACCAUCACGUUGUUUGAGCUUGUCAUUGUGGUCAAGAUGGAGCACCUGAUUUCGCCAAGAGCAACUACAUAUGUUCUGCGCCCCGUCUCAUCUUUCCAUCACUUUGCUCCAAGAUCCAAGAUGGUCAUGAAUGACCUUCUAGAGAGCAGAAGCAGUGGAGAUAGAGGAGAUUACCAGAUGAGAGACAUCAUCAGUGGUAGAGAGAAUUCAUCCUUGAAGAAGAAUAUCAAGUUAGAUACAUUCGUCGUCGCCAUUAGAGGUGGGGAUGAUAGAGCCUGUGAUGACCGUGGAUAUUGAAGCGUCGAACAAGGAGGGGAAACAGAGGACUCCAUUUUUUGUAAUUUGGUUGAGAGAAAUUGAGUACUUUGAUAUUAGAGAUGGUGGUAAAAGCAAGGUGAGGAGAUUUUGAGAAGGAGGGUUGAGCCGUGACCUCACUGUCGAUCAUCUUGAGGGAGAAAUGAUGGUGCGCCGGUCGGCAAAGGAGAGGGAAAACUAAGAGGACCGGCGGCCGAUCUGCGGAGAUUUCGACGAGAGGAAGGGCCGAAAACAAGAAAAGAAGACUUGGGGU